AUGCGCGACGGUUUUCGCGGGACUGAAAAAGUCCCUGGAUAGUUCUAGGACUGAGUGAAUUGAGUUCUGCGUUGGCUGGCGAAGUGGCAACAUCGAGACCAAGCUUUGAAACGACUUUGAAGAUAUAAGAGACAGUGACAGCAUAAAGACAGUGUGAAAGGUAUACAAGUUAUCUACCUUGAAUAUCUUAUUUCAGUUGUUUACAAGUGAACCAGGAUCACCAAAUAAAUUAUUUCUUGUAUUCUAUAUCAGAAAUAAUUGCGGAUAAUUAAUUUAUUGUAGAUUUGUUCAGAAAUAUUUUACAUAAUUUCACAUAAAUUUUUGAUUUAAUUCUUGAAUGUGAAGUAAAAUAAAUUAAAUCAGCUGUGACAAAGUAAAAUCUAUAUUAUUUAAAGGAGCUGUCUCAAGUAUUCAGUAAAUACAUUUGAUUUAAAGAACCUGUCUCAUAUAAGUCGAUUAAAUUUUUUAAAGUAACUUUUUAAUUAAUAUUCGGUGUAUUCUAUACUCGAAUAACUAAAUAAGUGGAAUUUAUUUUUUAAAGCUACUUUCACAUAUAUAUUCGGUGUAUUCUAUACUCGAAUAAAUAAACUUGUAUCAAUUUUCAAUUGUAUUCUAUACAUUGAAAAUUUGUGAUUACAUUGUGUCCGCAAUACAUUGACUGACUUAAGUUAUCAUCAUGUCAACAUUUAAUGUAAACACAAUGACUAAAGAGGAGUUGAUGAAAUUGCCAGCUAUUGGUGCGAAAAGGGCACUAUCAAAUGGAUCCUUGCAAUACAGGUAUACUUGGUUCUUCUAGAACAAGGUUUACAAGUACGGUAGAUGAUGUCAAGUCUAAAUAUUUCAGUCACAGUGCAUCCAGGUCAUACAACACUAAAUUGGACACAAGGUAUGGCAACCCUAAAUGUAUAUCUCCUAAGAAAGAAUAUACAUCUGCUACUUAUGUAUAUGGAGAUACACAACAACAGUCGAGGUCAACUAAAGGGUCUUCUAGACAUUUAGAUAAAUAUGAAUGCCAGAAGAAAAAUUCAAGAAGAGACCGUCGAGGUUACCAUACCAGAUCAGAAAUGUCAAGUGAAAGUAGCGAUAAUAGUAGAAGCAGAUCAAUCGGUAGAAGAGAUGUUCAGUCCAGAUACAGUAGUGAUGGUAGAAAGAAUCGGGACAAGAUUGGUUGCAACAAUCGGUCUUCUUCUAGAAACCGUUUGUCGAGAGAUGAUAAGUAUAGUCGUACAUCACGGUCGUCUUCUAGACACCAAAGAUCAAAAUCCAGAAGUCCGAGCUUUUCAAGGUCAAGAUCAUACAGAUAUAGGAAUAGAUCUUCAAGCAGCAGCAGUAGCACGAGAUCUCGAUCAAGAGGCUAUGGUCAUUCAGGGUCAAGACGUCAUAAGUACGGGUCCCAUGAUAAGUAUUGCAAGCCAUCUAGACGACAUGACAGAAGUCGCUCUUCGAGUUAUUCUGAUCGAAGCAAGUCAGAAAAGAGGGGUAACCCGAAGGAACUUCCAAGUAUUUUGCGGUAUGAUGGGAAGACAAGCUGGUUAUCUUUUAAAGAACAAUUUGAAAGUUAUCGAGCUGUUUCGAACUGGACUGACAGUGAAAGUAAAGAUUACCUUACUUGGAGUCUUCAAGGUAAAGCGUUAGAUUUCUUCACGAUAACAAAUAAAGCAGGGCAUUGCUAUUCAUAUAAGCAAAUGAUGAAGAAAUUAGAGACCAGAUUCGGCGACCAGGAACUUACCGAGACGUCACGUGUUAAGUUCCAGCAGGCUAGACAAGCAUCAGAUGAAUCUUUAGAUGAUUGGGCAGAUCGAGUGCUGACACUUUCGACAUAUGCAUUUAAGGAUCUACCCGAAGAAUACAGAAUGCGAGAGGCAAUUUCGAAGUUCUGCCAAGGAUGUAUGGAUAGAGAAGCAGGAAAGCAUGCAUGUUUCGAACAUCCUAGGAGUAUACAGGCUGCACUUAACGCUGUGAAGCAUCACCAGUAUAUCUCUGAGGCAGUUGAUGGCAAAAAGCAUUCCAGAAGAUCUAAAGAUGAUGUGUCAAUUAAUGCAGUAAAUACAUCAGCUGAAGCCAGGGUGGAAACAAUUGCUGAACAAAGCUAUGGAACAGCUUAGCAG